GGAAUAUAAAUAGUGAGCCCGGGAAUUUACUUUCUCUUCAUUUCGUCAUUCUCUUCUUCAUAUUCCUUACUCCGUUAGCGUCUCCGUCACCUCGCCGCCGUCUCUGAUGUCCAACGAACAGGUUUUCCAAGUAACUUCACAAGGAAAAUUGGAAUUUGAUAAUGAGGUAGAUCAAUGGGAAUCAAAGUUUGUGGAUAUAUGUGCUUCUAUGAUCCUUGAACAUGAUUUGCCCUUUCGAUUUUUCGAGAAUGCGGGUGUUAGGAAGUAUACCGAGUUCUUAAAUCCAGAUGCUGAUAUACCUCCUAGAAAUGUUAUUGAGGCUUAUGUUUUGCAUUUGUACACCAAAGAGAAACCUAAGCUGAAACAAGAACUGGCUACCAUUCCUAAUAGGAUAUCUUUAACUUUUGAUUUGUGGGAAUCUUGUACUACUGAGACUUAUAUUUGUUUGACUGCUCAUUUUGUUGAUGCGAAUUGGAAGCUAAAUAGUAAGGUUCUCAAUUUUCAUCUUGUUUAUCCUCCCACUGGAGGUGAGAUGUGUGAGAGAGUUGUUGAGUUGUUGAAUGAUUGGGGAAUAGAUAAGAAGAUCUUCUCUCUCACUUUAGAUGAUUCAUUUGAGAAUGACAUUUUGCAAGAACAAUUGAAAACUCAACUUGCUUUGCAAAAUAGAUUGUUAUGUGAUGGGGAGUUCUUUCAUGUUCAUAGUUUUGCACGUGUUUUAAGUCUGAUUGUUGAAGAAGCGUUGAAACUAAUUAGCCAUGCUGUGGUUAAUAUUAGAGAGAGUGUCAUGUUUGUGAGGCAUUCAGAGAGUAGAAGGGAAAAGUUUAAGGAGUGUGUUGAAAAGGUUGGUGGUGUUGAAAGUUCGGUUCGUUUGCAUCUGGACAAAUGUAAUAGCUUGAAUUCAAUUUAUUUGAUGCUUGCAAGUGCUCUUAAAUACCGGCGUGUGUUUGAAAGUCUUCACUUGUAUGAUGAUGAUUAUGAGUUUUGUCCUUCAACAGAAGAGUGGAAAAGAGUAGAAAAAAUUUGUGCAUUCUUGUUGCCUUUUUGGGAAACUGCUAACAUGAUUAAUGGCACUACACAUCCUACUUCCAACUUGUAUUUUUUGCAAGUUUGGAAAAUCCAAUGUGUUCUAGUUGAAAGUUUGGGAGAUGAAGAUAAAGAUAUAGAGGGAAUGGCUAAAAGGAUGUUGAACAAGUUUGAGAAGUAUUGGGAGGAGUAUAGUUUUGUUCUUGCAUUAGGAGCAAUUCUUGACCCACGGAUGAAGUUUUCAACAUUGGCUUAUUGUUAUUCAAAACUCGAUGCAUCAACCUGUGAACGGAAGUUGCAAGAAGUAAAGAAAAAGUUGUACAUGCUAUUUGACAAGUAUUCUAGCAAAAGUACUUCUUCUGGCGUGCAGAGAAAUAUAGAAGACCAAUCUUCUAGCAUGCCAUUGAAAAAGAAAUUGAAGUCUUUAUCUCACGAUCUAUUUGAUGAAUUGAAAGUGCAUCACCAGCAGCUUGUUACUAAAACUGGAAAGUCCCAACUUGAUGUUUACUUAGAUGAGUCAAAUUUGGAUUUUCGUUGUUAUGCAGAUAUGGAUGUAUUGCAAUGGUGGAAGAAUAAUAAUAGUCGAUUCCCAUAUCUAUCCAUACUUGCUCGCGACUUGUUAAGUGUUCCCAUUGCCAUUGUCACUUCUGAUUUAGAAUUUUGCAUGGGCUCACGUGUCUUUAACAAGUAUAAAGAUCGCGUGUUGCCGAAGAAUGUGGAAACUAGAAUUUGUACCCGCAGUUGGCUGUACAAUUUUGACAAUGAUGAAAGAGAAGAGGAUGAUGAUGAUGACUUUGAAGAAACCAUGAAUGAAAUUGACAAUGAUGAAAAAAUGGAGCAAGCGACUAAUGGCUUUGAGUUUGAAGACGGUGAUGAUUGAUUUGCUUGUAUUUAUUUAACCUUGGCUUAUCAUGUGUGUUUUGGCUACAUGGUUUAAAAAUUAAAAACUAUGUAUGGGUGUUUGUUAGGUUAAGGUUUUCUGGACUUACUGGUAGACUUAUUUUUAAUGUUUGUAAUUGUAGACAUGUUUUUAACUUGUAAUAUGUGGAUUUGUUUGCUUUCUAAUGUUUAAUAUGGUUGAAGUUACUACAUAAUU